AUGUGCUUCAGUCAGCGCAUCAGGGAUGGCAGGCCUGUGCAGGGCCUCUUGGCUUCGUCGGCAUUUGAGCUGGAGCAUUUUGCUGAUGCCAACAAGGACGACUUCAAGCAGGUGAUGGACAAGUUCAAGACGCACCUGGCCGCUGCAAUCAGGAACGCCUGCAAACAGCUCCGCCUCAGCCCCUUCCACUUCUACCUCGCCGUCAUCCAGAUCUUCCUCGCGCGGCAAGCCAACUUCCAAGACGUCUGCGUCGGUCUCGUGGCCGCCAACCGCGACUCAUCCUUGGACGAUUCCGUCUUCCGCAUGGUCGGCUACUUCGUCAACGUCCUCCCCGUUCAAACCCGCAUCGACCCUAACCAGUCUUUCUCCACCAUCAUCAAGUCCGCCUCCCGCAAGGCCCUCUCAGCCUUCGCCCAUGCCGGUGUCCCCUUUGACGUUCUUCUGGACGCGCUGGAGCUCCGCGAUGGGCGGGCGGCGACACGCCGCCGCUGUUCCAGGCGUCCAUCAACUACCGCGCUGCCGGGCGCGGAUGGGUCGAGGUGGCUCUGGGUAGCGACUGUUGGAUGA